GGGUGCGGAGCCGCGAGUUUUGCAGAAGGGGCAGCGCGCGCGGCGGGGCUAGGCGGGCCGGCGGCGAGGCCGGGGCAGAGCGCGGCGCCCAGCACAGCCCAGCCGCGCCCAGCCCCAGCCCGGCCGUGCCGAGCCGUGCUGCGCUGCGGGCAGAGGUCCCCCGGCCGGCGGUACGGUACAGCGCAGCGCCCGGUUCGCAGGGCAAGGUGCGGCGGUGGGAGGGGGCGGCGGUCGGCGCGGAGCGGAGCGCCGCGGGGGAGCCCAGCGAUGGUACAGCAGGCGGAGAGCGCGGAGAGCGAGAGCAACCUGCCCCGGGAGGCGAUGGACACCGAAGAGGGCGAGUUCAUGGCUUGCAGCCCGGUGGCUCUGGACGAGAGCGAUCCGGACUGGUGCAAAACGGCGUCGGGGCACAUCAAGCGACCGAUGAACGCUUUCAUGGUGUGGUCUAAGAUCGAGAGGAGAAAAAUCAUGGAGCAGUCGCCGGACAUGCACAACGCGGAGAUCUCCAAGCGCCUGGGCAAGCGGUGGAAAAUGCUGAAGGACAGCGAGAAGAUCCCCUUCAUCCGGGAGGCGGAGAGGCUGCGGCUCAAGCACAUGGCCGAUUACCCCGACUACAAGUACCGGCCCAGGAAAAAGCCCAAAAUGGACCCCUCGGCCAAGCCCAACGCCGGCCAGAGCCCCGAGAAGAACGCUCCCGGCGGCGGCAGCAAGAGCGCCAAGAGCUCGGGCAAGAAGUGCAGCAAGCUGAAGGCCGCCGCCGCCUCGCCCCCCAAGCCCGGCGCCAAAGCCGCCCCUCACGGGGACUACGCGGGGGACGAGUACGUCUUCGGCGCGCUGAAAGUCAGCAGCAAGGCGGUCAAGUGCGUUUUCGUGGACGAGGAGGAGGAGGACGAGGAGGACGAGGACGAGCUGCAGCUGCGGAUCAAGCAGGAGGCGGACGACGAGGAGGAGGACGAGGAGCCGGGCCCGCAGCAGCUGCGGCGGUACAACGUGGCCAAAGUGCCGGCCAGCCCCACCUUGAGCUCCUCGGCGGAGUCCACCGAGGGGGCGAGCCUCUACGAGGAGGUGCGGGGCGCGGCGGGCGGCGGCAGACUCUACUACAGCUUCAAGAACAUCACCAAGCAGGGCCCGCCGCCGCCGCAGCCGCCCGCCGGCCUCUCCCCCGCCUCGUCCCGCUCCAUCUCCACCUCGUCGGCCGGCAGCGAGGAGGCGGACGACCUCCUGUUCGACCUCAGCCUCAACUUCUCGCAGCAUGGCCACGCCGCCGCCGAGCUGGGGGCGGGGGCCGCCGCCGGCAACCUCUCCCUCUCGCUGGUGGACAAGGACCUGGACUCGUUCAGCGAGGGCAGCCUCGGCUCCCACUUCGAGUUCCCCGACUACUGCACCCCGGAGCUGAGCGAGAUGAUCGCGGGCGACUGGCUGGAGGCCAACUUCUCCGACCUGGUGUUCACGUACUGAGCGGGCGGAGGCGGCGACGGGGAGCGGCGGAUGCCGGCGGUGGUGAUGGUGGUGGUGAUGAUGAUGAUGAUGCUUAAAAAGAAAAAGUCUUCUUUAAAAAAAAAAAAA